AUGCCGACGGCAGCUGUGAGCGCAGUCGCGGGCGUCCCGAGCAGCCGUAUAGCAAAGCGCAGCGGGAACCGUCGCGUGUACAAGCAUUGGCGCAAGACCGAGCCACUUCUCCGAGGCAUUGCUACACCCAGCGAUGUAUCGACGAGCGCCAAGGUCCAGCUGGACGGCAAGUACGGCGGUACCAAGCGCGACCGCAACUUGGUCGCGCGAGUGACCACAAAAGAGCGACAGAUCACAAGCCUCCAGCGUGACGUCGCGCAGUACGAGGCGAAGAUCGCGACGUUGUCGGCGCAUCAUGCUGUCAACUGGUACGACGGUCUGUGUCUCCAACCAACCGGCGGCGACGCAAUCGAACACCCGUCACCACGCCCAGGGCUUCCGACCGCGUACUCUGCCGAGCAGGUGGUGCGGCUGCGCAACCAAACCCUCUGCGUGCUCUUGAUGCUUGGCAAGAUCGUCGACGAGGCCAAGCUCGACAUUGCCUUCAACGAAGCCUACCUCACGGCCGUGCGAAACGCACCAACGAGCUCGCCAACCACGCGCGAGGCGUCGACGACGCGCCAGGAGAUGGCAGCUGCGAUCGUUCACGACCUCAGUUUGACGGACAAGCCUUCUACGAUCCUAGCGUGGCUGCGCGAGUACCUCGAGCUUGGCGGCUUCAAGCGAGACGGGCGUGGCAAGCGGAAGCGCGACAACUAA